AUGGCAGAAAUAGCAACUGUAGGAGGCAGGUGGCAAAAAGCCUUCACCUGGCAGUUGCGAGUGGACGAGGCAGAGGAAAAAGCUGUCCGUCUACAGCUGGAGUUAGAAAUGAUGAGGUCAAAGAAGGAGCAAGCCGAAGCAAAAGUGGCUGCUUUAGAGCUGCGAGCACAACCCGGGAAGAAAGAAGGCGCGUAUAAGGAGAUAAAGUGCCUGAUUGCAGCAGAGGCAGAAAAGACUCGAGUACUAGAUCGGCUCAUGGCGGAAGAGACCAAAAAGAGCAGACGGAGGGAAGAGAAACUGCAAGAGAUGCAGAAGGAAAUGGCAGAAUGGAGGGCAAGAUACGAGGAGGCACAGUCCCAAUUGAAAAGAGUGGAGAUGGAAAAAGGACACCUGGAAGAACAGGUACAGUCCCUUGAAACCCACCUAGAGGCCAGCUCAGCCAGAGAGGCAGCGACCAAUGCCAAAAGGAAGCAGUCGCAGCUGCAAAGGCUGACCCUAAGGCAGCAGAUUUGGACCUUAGAGGUAGAAAAUAAAACAUUACAGGCAGCAAGUAGUCAGAUGGCUACGAAAGGCCAAGACUCUGGGGAGUUGGAGGGUCCAGAGGUAACAAGUACGGCAACCCAAACGGAAGAGGGACCAAAGGCUCAAGCUGAGGAGUUCGGGGAAGCUGUGCAGGAGGACCUGGAGGACGGGCAAGAAUGA